AUGCCGGGAGUUAAAAGAAAGCGGGGUGCAGGUUGGAGUACGCCAUUAGAUAAGGCGAAGGGAGCGAGGAUCAGAACAGAGAACGAAAGUCCUGAAAAUAUAACAGCUCGCCUUAAAACUGACAGGGGAGAAGGAAAACAAAAGAAACUCAAUAAUGAAACGGAUGAAGAAAGAUUACAACAAGCAAAGCGUAGUUCAAGGGCGACUAAAGCAGAGGAGUAUGCACAGAGACGGAGGGAAAGGGACGCUGCUAUAAAAAGGCAAAAACGUAAAAAUGAAACCAAGGACGAAACAGAAGCCAGAAGGCAAACAGAUGCUAAGCGUCAUGCUAUUUAUAUAGCUAAUGAAACAGCUAAAGAAACAGAAGCCAGAAGGCAAACAGCUGCUAAGCGUCAUGCUAUUUCUGUAGCUAAUGAAACAGCUAAAGAAACAGAAGCUAGAAGGCAAACAGACGCUAAGCGUCAUGCUAUUUCUGUAGCUAAUGAAACAGCUAAAGAAACACAAGCCAGAAGGCAAACAGAUGCUAAGCGUCAUGCUAUUUCUGUUUCUAAUGAAACAGUUAAAGAAACACAAGUCAGAAGGCAAAGGGAUGCUGAGCGACAUGCACUCGCUGUUGAAAAUGAGUCUUUGGAUGAAACUCUUCGACGCAAACAACAAGACAAUGAAAGACAUAAACAAGCUAUUGCUAGAGAAACAUUAGAAGAACGCCAAACUAGACAAAUCCUAGAUGCUGCCCGCUUUCGAGAAAGACGUGCAAAUGUCACACAAGAACAAAGAGCACAAAAUACAAAUAGAAUGAGACAAAAUAGAAAUAGAAUGACUGAUAUUCCGUUGGCUUGGACUGAUUUCGAUGAUUUCGAUGAAAGUGACGUUCAAAUACACGAUUGUGGACACAUGGACCAGGUCUGUGAAAAAUGCAGGGCAAGAUUUUUUCCAAAAGAGCGACCUACUGAUAAAAUGUUUACAGUUUGUUGUAAUAAGGGAACAAUAGAGUUACCACAAUUUGAAAGUCAUGAGUAUUUAAAGAACCUUAUGCUUGGACAUGACAGAGAUUCCAAAAUUUUUAUGGAACAUAUACGAUCUUACAACAGUGCUUUUGCGUUCGUUUCGGUAGGAGCAAAAAUUGAUUUUCCCAGAGGUCGUGGACCAUUUACGUUUAGAAUUCACGGGCAGGUUUAUCACAGAAGCGGGACUUUACACCCCACAGAAGGAGUGAAGCCAGUUUUCGCUCAACUCUAUGUUUUGGAUAAGCAAGUAGCUAUAUCGGAAAGACUGGAUAACGCUGCUAAUGCGAAUUGCCGAAGACAUAUAAUGGAAACAUUGUAUGAGGUGAUGAAGGAAAACCCAUUCUCCUUGGCAUACCGGAUGAUGUAUGAAGUUGAGCGUGAAGAAACUGAGAGAGCUAUUGCAAGCGGUGAAGAGAUUCCUAAAAUAACCAUGCGAUUAAUUCAGGAUCGAGACCAGGACCAACGACGAUACAACGCGCAGCAUUGUAAUGAGGUUGCCGUAGUUUUUACAAGCUCAGACGGAGAACCACCACUGCAGAGAGACCUAAUGGUAUAUUUGAGAGCUGACGGAGAAAAUGUUCAGAGAAUGCAACAAGUUUCUAUUUUGCAUAGGAAUUUGGAUGCAUUAUGCUAUCCGCUUUUGUUUCCUAAAGGCGAACAAGGAUGGGGGGAGGAAUUACGACUAACAGGGUCGCGCAGGAAUAGUGAGAAUACGAGGACUAGAGUCAGCUUAAAGAUGUAUUAUUCAUACUACUUGCAAGUUCGAGAUUAUUUUAACCCUCUGUUAAGCGCUGGGAGACUUACACAACAAUACAUUGUCGAUGCUUACGUUAAAGCCGAGUCAAAUGACUUGAACUUUAUUCGAACACAUCAAAAACAGUUGAGAUGUGAUACCUACAAACAUCUUAUUCCUUUUAUUCAAAACGAAGAUAAUGACUCGGCAGUACCUGGUCGUAGAGUGAUACUUCCAUCCACAUUCAGUGGAAGUCCGCGAAACAUGCAACAGUUGUACCAAGAUGCAAUGGCCAUUGUUAGAAAGUUUGGGAAACCAGAUUUUUUUGUUACAAUGACAUGCAACCCUAAGUGGCCAGAGAUUGAAGAAAGCCUUUUACCAGGACAGAGGCCCGAGAACAGGCCAGACAUUGUAGAUCGAGUUUUUAAGUUCAAAUUGCAACAGUUGUUGAAAGACAUUUCAGAGAAAAAAAUCUUUGAUCGAGUCGUCGCAUUAGUACACGUGAUUGAGUUCCAGAAGCGUGGCCUGCCCCAUGCACACAUAGUAAUAACUGUUGAAGGUGAAUUUAAGCCCAGAACGUCGACCAUUGUUAACAAAGUUGUUGUUGCAGAACUACCGGAUAAGGAAAAGUUUCCAAGACUUUUUCAUGCUAUUAGCUCAAAUAUGAUACAUGGUCCGUGUGGUGUCUUAAACCCCCAAUCUACCUGCAUGGUUAAUGGAAAAUGCUCAAAAAAGUUUCCUAAGAAGUUCUCAGAGGAAACAAAGAUAGUACAGGAUGGAUAUCCUAUAUACAUGAGAAGAAAAAACGAACCAGUUACGAUUGGGAAGCAUUCAAUAGAUAACUCUUGGAUAGUGCCUUACAAUGCUUAUCUAAGUUUAAAAUAUGAAUGCCACAUUAAUGUGGAAAUUUGCGAAUCUUUUUCAAGCAUUAAGUAUCUGUUCAAGUAUGCUUACAAAGGCACUGAUAGCGCUAAUGUUCAGGUAACAGCUGAUGAGAUAAAGACUCAUCUAGACUCACGAUAUGUAAGCCCCCCAGAAGCCAUGUGGCGGAUAUUCCGUUUUAAGAUGCAUGACCAGACUCAUGCAAUAAUUCGGUUACCCAUCCAUUUAGAAGGAGAUCCAUAUGUGACAUUUGACCCCGACAAUAUUCGCCAGGUGGUUGAAUCGGUCCCGGGAAAGGACACAAGGCUGACUGCGUGGUUCAAGUUGAACACAAGAGAUGAAAAUGCAAAACGAUUCAAGUACCACGAGAUACCUGAACAUUAUGUGUUUCAGGAAAAGGAAGGAGUUUGGACUCCUCGAAAGAGAUUGCAGGGAAGAGUUAUUGGAAGAAUCCUCCCCGUUAAUAUUAAUGACACCGAAAGGUACUUUAUGAGACUAUUGCUUCUCCAUGUUCCAGGGGUAACAUCUUUUGAAUAUUUGAGAAAAGUUGAAAGAAUUAGCUAUGAUAGCUACUAUAAAGCUGCUAAGGAGAGAGGUUUAGUCAUUGAUGAAAAUGUUUGGAAUGAGACAUUGGCAGAGGCAUGCAUUGUUGCUAUGCCAAAAGAAGCUCGAGCACUUUUUGCGUACAUGUGUUUGUACUGUGAAAUUACGGAUGCCUCAAACUUAUGGAACCAGCACAGAGCCAGAUUAAUAGAAGAUUUUGCAUUGAGACACGGUCACCCUGCUGAAGCUGACUGCGACAUGUGUGACUCUUUUGGUUUGAACAAAAUUGAAGAGAUUUUGAUAGGUCAAGAAAAAAGAUGUAAAAAUUACCAUCUACCGACACCGAACCCUAACCAUAUUGGGCAAAUGAAUGAAUACAUUGACAGAGAACAAGAGAGCAUGUUAGGGCAGGAGAUGGAGGCAAACCUGAAUGAAAAGCAACGAGCUGCCUUUGAUGCGGUCAUGGAAGCCGUGAACGAUCACACUAUAAGAAGCAAGUGCUUUUUUCUUGACGGUCCAGGUGGUACCGGAAAGACUUAUCUGUAUGAUACUUUGCUUCAUACAAUCAGAGGUAAAGGUCAAUCAAUGCUUGCGGUUGCCUCAACCGGCAUUGCCGCCAAUCUUUUGAACAAUGGUAAAACCUACCAUUCUCAGUUUGGGUUACCUUUAAAACUAAAUGAAACUUCUGUCUCUAGAUUUACAGCGACUUCUACAGAAGCUGAAAAAAUUCGAAAAGCCGUGGGAACUCUUAUGGAUGAAGCAUCAAUGUGUCCAGCACUUGCUGCUGAAUGCAUCAAUAAGCUUUAUGAAGACAUUACGAUAUCAAAUAUUGCUUUUGGAGGAAAAGUUUUCUUGGCAGGGGGAGAUUUUCGCCAAUGUUUACCUGUAGUUCCUGGUGCAGAACCAGAUGAAGUAGUUCUAGCAAGUUUAAAGCAUUCGAAACUCUGGGACGAGUUUAAAAUUUUAAAAUUAGAUCUCAAUGUUAGAUCAGUUGACCCCGAGUACAGCAAUUGGCUUUUGAAACUGGGGAAUGGUGAAUUGGGCAAUGACUUUGAUCUAGGAGAAGACAUUAUAGAGAUCCCAGAACAAAUGAUUGAGUCAGACGACAUCGUCAAGACAAUUUACGGGACAUGCUUGAAGCACGAACACAUGGAACAGUUUUAUUGCAUUGGAAUUCUAUGUCCCAAAAAUGAAGACGUUGACUCAAUAAACCAAAAGGUCUUGGACCUUCUGGAAGGGGAGGAGAAGGCUUAUUUGAGUUUUGACUCAUUAGUAUCUGAAGACAAUGAAGACACUAGCGACUAUCCAACAGAACUGUUGAACACUUUAAACCCAUCAGGUACAGCACCUCAUGAAUUGAAGCUAAAAGUCGGAGCAAUUAUUAUGCUUUUAAGAAAUUUGAACACGAACCAAGGAUUGUGCAAUGGCUCUAGAUUGGUCGUAACUAAAAUGAUGAGAAAUGUCGUGGAAGCCAAGGUUAUCACUGGCAAAGUGAAAGGUAACAUUGUUCUUAUUCCAAGAAUUGAUCUAAAGACUGACUCUGGACUGCCUUUUGAACUGAAGAGACGACAAUUUCCACUGAAGCUAGCCUUCGCAAUGACUAUCAACAAGUCGCAAGGUCAAACCCUUGACAAGGUCGGGCUAUAUUUGCCGAACCCAGUUUUUGGCCAUGGUCAACUUUACGUUGCAUUCUCAAGAGCCCGGAGGAGUGAAGAUGUAAAGGUUUUUGUCAAGGACUCAGAUGAACAAGGGAAAUUAGUAACUGGAAGUGAGAAGGUGUUCACCAGAAAUGUUGUAUACAGGAGCGUGUUAAAUUCGCCAAACUAG